AUGACACCCAAAAUCGGCGUCUUCCCCGCCUCCGGCAGCCUCGCAACCUCCAUCAUAAACCACCUCCUCCGCCUCGUCCCCGCCAGCGAACUCCUCCUCAUCGCCCGCUACCCCGACAAACUCGCCCACCUCAGCCGCGACGGCGCAACAAUUCGCUACGCCGACUACGAUGAGCCGGAGACGCUGGACAGAGUGUUCGACGGGGUGGGCGUGCUGAUGUUGGUUUCCUAUGCGUCGUUUGAGAUUGAUCAUCGUAUCCAGGCACACAAGCGCGCAAUCGACAGCGCCGUCCGCAGCCGCGUCCAACAAAUCUUCUACUCUUCCCUCGCCUUCGGCGGCGACCUAGCCACCGCCUCCGCCGCACACGUAAUGGGCGCGCACCUCGCAACCGAACAAUACCUCGCCGACCUGAACCCGGGCUACUUCUUCAACUACACCGCCAUCCGCGAGGGCAUAUACUCGGAGUCCUUCCCGAUAUACACAGCGUGGUUCGAGCCUUCGGACCCGUCCUCGCCGCCGAACAACGAGAUCACAAUCCCGCACGACGGGUCCGGUCCCGGCGUGGCGUGGGCGAAGCGUGAUGAGCUGGGCGAGGCGACUGCGAAGAUGAUUAUCUCGUAUGUGAAGAACCCCGAGGGGUUCCCGUAUGUGAAUCGGGUGGUGUUGCUUUCUGGGCCGCGGGAGGUGAGUUUGAGGGAGACGGUUGAGGUGUUGGGGAGGGUUACUGGGAAGCCAUUGAAGAUAAGGGAGGUUUCGGUGGAGGAGUAUGCGGCGCUGCCGCAGAUUGGGGAUAGGCAUAUGUAUCAUGGAAGGGAUUUGGCGGUAGAGUGGACGAGUGCUUGGGAGGGGAUUCAGAGGGGGGAAACGGCUGUUACGACGGGGGUGUUGGAGAAGUGGUUGGAGAGGGAGCCGGAGGAGUAUGAGACUACUAUUACGAAGUUUAUCAAGGGUCAGUAA